GCGAACGGAUGCCGUUUCAACCGUCGUCGUGGCUUCGCGAACCGUGACACGAUUCGUUCGACGCGCUCGAGAAAACGCUCGUGCUAAAUUUAUCUCUCGGUGUCGAAGCCGUGAUGCAUUCGCUCCUGUAGCUUCGGAUCAUCGUAAGCGUGCAUAUGUCGUGUGCGGUUGCAUGUCACGCUAAGAGCACGAGUUCCUCGCGUAUUACAUUAACACGGCGAACGAUAUUAAAAUGUUGACGAUAAGUCGCGCGUGUGCAAUGAGCCUUCCUGCCGAUUCCUUACAUUUCGCUCGUUCAUGAGUCAUGUGGAAGAAGCUAUUCGGCUUCUCUUACGUUAGUACGAUGCCAACCAACGCGUAUAGCUAUCAAAGCGUGCAAACGCGUGUGCCGAACUAUUGCUGGCGCCGAAAGUGGACCUUCCUCAUUGCGUUCACUUCGUGCGUUAUCGUUCUCGUACUUUUCACGAGUUAUCCGACGACUGUUCACGAGGCAAACAUUACGGAACGCGACACGUAUCUGGACGAUGUACCCGAAGAACUUUACCAAACUGUGCUGCGGACUUGGUAUAACUUUUCCAGCGGUGAGAAAUGGUACAACAACAAAAAUAUAUCAGCACUGAAUCCGGAAAUUUAUCACGAUCUAUUGACGAAUAUUCGGCAAAAUUGGAUAAUAUGGAAUUAUAAUCCGAAUGAGUCGUAUAGUCUUCAAAACCCGGAUGUCAAAGAUCCAUCGAUGGGACAAUCGACCGUGAUACGCGAAAUUUUCAAUGAUAAGAAAAAUGGAUUUUUCAUAGAAUGCGGUGCGUACGACGGGGAAACGCGCAGCAACACGUUGUUCUUGGAGCGAUUUAAUGGAUGGUCGGGUCUUCUGAUAGAAGCGGAUCCCAUCAAUUUUACAAAAAUGCUCCAAAAGAACAGAAGAGCUUAUCUUUCGCCGACCUGUCUCAGCGUUGUUAAGAGCCCCACAUUGGCGUCCUUUCUCAUGGCGAGGAACGUGGGGCGUUUGCACGAGCCCGAGAAUACAACGGAAAGUGUAUCCGCGAAUACACUCGACGUGGCUUACACAGGCGAGCACAUUCGCGUGCAAUGCCUGCCAUUGAUACUUUAUAUCGGCGCAUUGGGUGUCAAAACAAUCGAUUAUUUCAGUCUCGACGUCGAGGGCAAUGAGAUCGACGUACUAGAAACAAUCCCAUUUAACGAGGUGGAUAUAAAGGUUCUAUCUGUGGAAUACAUACACAAUGCGAAGGGACGAAAAUAUCUGAUCGAUAUGAUGGAACAGCGAGGAUAUUACGUUUACAGUUUUGUGGAACGAUCGGAUAACUUGGCGAAUGAUAUUAUUUUUGUAAAACGCGAUAUGUGAUGAAUGAGUAUGUAUAGAUAAAAUUAUAUAGCUUCUGGAGUCUCUUAAUAAUAUAAAAAUUAUCUAUUUCUGAAUAUUAUUUAAUUUUCGAUAUCCUAGUCAUAAUUGUAAUUGCUUUUUACGAAACGAAGAAAUAUUGUAGAUAAACGAAUAAAUAUAUCUCUCCUUUUUUAGAUUGUUAAUAAAAACAUUGUAUUAUACAA